AUGGCAGCGAAAAAAAGAAAGUUUUCCGAAGAUUACAUUAAGUUUGGAUUUGGAUGUAUGAAAGUUUUAAGUAAUGAUAGCAUGAGGCCCAAUCGCCUUGAAAGGCAUUUAAAGCAACAACAUCCUACUCUGCUUUUGAAGACGAAAGAGUUUUUUUCUUCUAAAGCAGAAUCACUCAAGCGGAUGAGAUUGGAUAAAUCGGGAAGUUAUCACACAGGUGUAUCGCAGCAUCUCAAAGCUUCAUUUGAAAUAGCUUUUAUGAUAGCAAAGCAAAAGAAACCUCAUACUAUCGGUGAAGAAUUAAUAAAACCAUGUGUCCUAAAAGCCACGCAGAUAAUUUUAGGAGAAGAUGCAGAGCAAAAAAUGAAGUCUAUUUCUCUUUCCAAUAAUACAGUCAAGCGUAGAAUCGAUGACAUUGCAGCAGACAUUAAGGCACAAAUAAUUAACAAAGUAAAAUUAUCGCCAUUUUUCGCCAUUAGUUGCGAUGAAUCCACCGACAUCGUUAAUUGUGCACAGUUAAUAGUUUAUGUUCGUUACAUCGGCGGAGAUAUCAUUGAAGAAGAGAUUUUGUACUCUCAAUCUUUGACAGCGGGUACUACAUCUGAAGAUAUAUUUAACUCAAUAUCAAAUUUUGUUGAAAAAAAUGAUUUGGAUUGGAAUAAGCUCAUUGGACUUUGCACAGAUGGCGCACCUGCAAUGAUAGGUGUACGAUCGGGCUUAGCUAUAAAGCUCAAGGAAAAAAAUCCCGCAAUGGUUAGUACACAUUGUUUUAUUCAUAGACAAGCUUUGGCUUCCAAAACAUUGCCACAGAAAUUACGCCAGGCUUUGGACUCGGCUAUAAGGAUUGUAAACUACACCAAGAGCAGCGCUUUGAACAGUCGGUUAUUUACUUUACUUUGCGAGGAUCUUGAUUCUGAUCACAAAGUUCUUCUGUUCCAUACAGAAGUACGCUAG